GUAAUGGUCGCUCCCCUACAAAUUCCAGAAGAGAGGCGAUGAAUGAAUGCUUGGUUAGAAAGUUUCUAGAAAAUCAGAGACAAAAUCUUCAUGAGUAAGAUAAAGAAGAUUAAACUUCAUUUAUGAAAAAUAUUUCUUCGUGGUAUCUGUGCGAUAUACUUGAACAAAAGCAAAUUGUGAAAAUAAAGAUAACAACAUUUAUAGUCAAACUGCUUUUCCUUGUUUUCGCUUGUAAAUAUUUCAAGCACGACAGUUUGUAAAUAAACACACCUGUCUUGUUAAGUUUUAAAAUCACUUUCAUAGUACGUCAUAUGAUAGAGACAAUGGAGUGAAUAAAAGACAGAAGAAGGAGUAUAGGAGAUACAUCAAACCUUCCCACACAACAGUUUCGAAACUAUUCUACUUUAGUCUUGACGCUUUUUGACGAGAGAAAAAAACCACCUGGCAAUGUUUGACGACACGCUUGCGAGACCUUGUGACCUCACGAGGUGUCGGCUUGCUUCAGGCGAAACUUAAGAUCUCGUCUAGUCUCGACAAAGCUCUCGCACAGUGCAGAACCCUUUACUCGGCCUUUACUGGUUGUGAUCUUUACUGACUUCUUUUCUUUUUUUUUGAGCAAUUUUUGAACAAAGAAACCAUCACGGAUUCUCGGAAAGGGACAAAGCCCAGCAGAAAAGGAAAAUAAAACCACGAUCGGGUUUAAAAGAAGUCCCCGAGUGGUAUCCUUGUUUCUGAUGUCACUCAGAAUGUUGUAAACUGAGAACAACGAUAAUCACCUUCAUGACAAACAACGAGGCCAUCACAACACAUCACAACAAGUGUUGUAACUAAAGGUGGCGGGCGACACCAGACAUUGGAGGAGUUUGUAGGGUCCGGGAGGAAUUAAUUCGACUGACAUUAUUCCUUAUGGGAAAAAUAAUUUGCUGCUCAUCAUCGUCUUUGCUACGAGUACCAAGGAGGAGCAAGGAGACGAUCAUCAGACGAGUUGUGUAGCUGGAUUAUUCACAUUCCACCAGGCUGUAACAUCUACAGACUGCACAGUAACUACCACAGUGUCAACCGCUCUGCCAACGACCCCCGGCGUCAUGUCUGAAGGCGAAGUGUUGACAUCUACUGAAACAUCGGAUUCCACCAUCUCAUCGUCAGUCUCUCAAAGCACCUCUAGCACCUCAGAGUGGACCUCCACCCCCUCAGACUCGACCUCCGGUACCUCACUGUCGACCUCCAAUACCUCAGUGUCGACUUCUAGCACCUCAGUGGGGACUUCCGGCAACUCAGUGCCGACCCCCAGCACCUCAGAGUGGACCUUCAGCCCCUCAGACUUCACCUCCGGUACCUCACAGUCGACCUCCAAUACCUCAGUGUCGACCCCCAGCACCUCAGUGUCGACCCCCAGCACCUCAGUGUCGACCCACAGCACCUCAGUGUCGACUUCCAGCAACUCACAGCCUGUCUCUGACGUCACUGUAGCCAACGUCUACAUCAUUGUGUUCGUCACCGUGGGAAGCGUUGCGCUAAUCGUCCUCGUGAUCGCUUGUCUAGUCGUCAGGAGAAAGCGCCGCCAGACGAGGAUGAAGACAAGCCAAAGCGAGGACUACUCGCGGACAGACCCCCCUUCUCUAGACGAUGACGACAACAGGUUCAGCAAUCACAGCUGUGACGUGUACGUCAAUCUGGAUGACGUCAGCACAACUCACCUUCCGGACUGUGCCGCAGUUCGCCAAGCAACCCCUCCAAACGGCGUCAAAGCACCCAAGGGCGGGGUCUUCGUCAUGUUCACCAACCUGGCUCACACCUCUGGCCGUGACGUCAUCAUUGAGGGUGAUGCUGACGACAACGAUGAGAUUUUGAUGGUUGACAAUGACGUCUAUGGAUCCCCUGCACUUGGGACCGUUAGACGGUUGUACAAUGGAGGUGCUACUGGUGCCGACAACAACAACAAAGAUGAAGUGACGAUGAUUGAUAAUUCAGUAUAUGAAUCGUCCCCGCGCAAUAAAUGACAAUAAAGGGCGAUGACUCAACUGACAGCCCACCGU